CGGCGGGGUGGCUCUGCGUCUCCACACACCGGCUGCAGCCAGACCUCUCCGCGCACCCUGAGCUCCCGGCGCUCGGCCCCGCCCUCGCCUCGCGCGCGCUCUAGGACCGGCCAGCAGAGACAGCCUCACCAUGUGUGAGGGACUGAUGGAGAGAUAUGUGGCUGCCAUGGUGCUGAGUGCAGCUGGAGAUGCCUUGGGGUACUUCAACGGGAAGUGGGAGUUUCUCCGGGAUGGGGAAAAGAUUCACCAGCAGCUGGCCCAGCGUGGUGGGUUGGACGCCAUCGAUGUGGAGAGAUGGAGAGUCAGCGAUGACACGGUGAUGCACCUGGCCACGGCUGAAGCUCUUGUGGAAGCCGGCAAAGUCUUGGAUUUGGCUCACCUCUAUGCCCUACUUGCUAAGCAUUACCAAGACUGCAUGGAAGACAUGGAUGGCUGGGCACCAGGGGGUGCUUCAGUGCAGAAUGCCUUGCUGCUGAAGCCAGAUGAGGCCAAUGGCUGGAGGAUUCCCUUUAACAGCCACGAGGGUGGCUGCGGGGCUGCCAUGCGUGCCAUGUGCAUCGGCCUCCGGUUCCCUCACCUCAGCCAGCUGGACACACUGAUCCAGGUGAGCAUCGAGAGCGGCAGGAUGACCCACCACCACCCCACAGGCUACCUGGGAGCCCUUGUUUCUGCUCUUUUUACAGCCUUUGCUGUGAACGGCAAGCCUCCCAGGCAAUGGGGUAAAGAACUGAUGGAGGUGCUACCAGAAGCUAAAAAGUACAUUAUCCAAUCAGGCUACUUUUUGGAGAAGAAUCUUCAACACUGGUCCUACUUCCAAGACCAAUGGGAAAAAUACCUAAAACUUAGAGGGAUUUUGGAUGGCAAGUCAGCCCCUAUCUUCCCCAAGCCCUUUGAUGUGAAGGAGAGGGAUCAGUUCUAUGCCUCGGUGAGCUACUCUGGCUGGGGUGGCAGCAGUGGGCACGACGCCCCCAUGAUUGCCUACGAUGCCAUCCUGGGUGCGGGAGACUCCUGGAAGGAGCUUGCCCACCGAGCCUUUUUCCAUGGGGGAGACAGCGAUUCUACAGCUGCUAUUGCUGGCUGCUGGUGGGGAGUUAUGUAUGGUCUGAAAGGAGUGAGCCGCUCCAACUAUGAGAAACUGGAAUACAGAAACCGGCUGGAGAAGACAGCCAGGGCUUUGUAUGCUCUGGGGUCAAAGGAAGACACUAUAAUCACCCUUUAGGGAGAUGUGACAUCAUUUCUUAUGGUUUUUUUCCUCUUGUGUAGUCCAGUUUCUUUUCGCUUUUCCCCAAGUCAAGAGUUUUAACCUUGUACUCCAGGAAUUUUGAGAUGACAAGUCCCUUGAGCACCUGAAGCUCAUCUUUCCAAAUUCAUCCUGUUUCCCCCCCCAAAUCUGUCCCUCUUUCUAUCCUGAAGAAUCUUUAUCUCAGUUGACAGGGUCAGCAUCUCCCCAAGGUAGAAGUCUCCAAGCCUCAUAUUUGAGUCUUCAUGUUCAUUGUCUAAGCUUUGAGUAAGUUUUUUCUGUUUG